ACCAGGCAGUGGACGGUUGAGGAGAUCCUCACAGGAGUGAACAGCAGUAGCGUUGAGUCUCAGCUCCAGGCCACGCAGGCUGCACGGAAGCUUCUGUCCCGCGACAAGAAUCCGCCCAUCAACCAGAUGAUCAGCGCCGGUCUGAUCCCGAAGUUUGUGUCCUUCCUGGGUCUGGCAGACUCUCCUCCGAUCCAGUUCGAGGCCUCCUGGGCUCUGACCAACAUCGCCUCCGGGACGUCCGAUCAGACGGCGGCGGUCGUGGAGGGCGGGGCCAUUCCUGCCUUCAUCAGCCUGGUCACUUCCCCCCACCAGCACAUCAGCGAGCAGGCGGUCUGGGCCCUCGGAAACAUCGCCGGUGAUGGGUCCGCCCUCAGAGACCGCGUCAUCAAGCACGGAGCCGUGGCUCAUCUGCUCAGUCUGCUGGCCGUCCCCGACCUGUCUGUCUUUAGU